UUUGAAAGUCUUCCUUUGAGGUUCUCCAGGAAACCUCUCAAGGUGGAAGACGUCAUGAAGCUGUUGUGCUGCAUCGCUGAGGAGAGGGAAAAAGGGAGCUUGAAGCCAGCUGUGGGUAGAAUGAUUGGUGGUCUGGUCGGAGGCCCACCUGGAGCUGCUGUUGGGGAGGCUGUUGGGGGCCUCUUAGAUACAUGGAUGAUAAGCGGACAGUUCAAGCCAAUUCCUCAGACCAUAAUGGAGCUGCCACCUGAUAAGAAGCAAAAGCUCUAUAAAGAAGCCAGGGCCAUCCUCAAGCACCUGAAGUGGAGGGACACCAAAGACCUGACCACAUUGGUCAUGGGCAGUGAGGACCUGAAGAAGCAGCUGCUGGCCAUGCUGGAAAAGUGCCUCAAAGGCUGAAGUCCAGUACAUUAAUUUCAAAGCUAUUUCUGGAAAACAGGGGUCUCAUUUAGAUGAUUCUUCACAGGUUGGUGGGCCAUUUAGAUGGUUUUCCUAACUCAUAGAGGUGAUUGGGAGUUGGGGGAAGCCUCACCCAUUCAUUGCUCAUGGCUUGGGUCCAACCCUCCCAGACCCAGGGAACAUGGGGUCCUGGUAAGUGGUCCUGCCCUGAUGGCCACUGAAGUCCCUCCCCUGGCCGGCCUGCAUUCAUUCCUGGGAAAAACCCUGACCCAACUCCUGAGCAAUUUGGGGUCAGAUAGAGCAGAUCUUGCUGAGUGAAGUCAGUGUGGACUAGCUGGGUCCUGGGGUGACUGUAAUGGGCAAAGGGCCUGAGAGGACAGGCUGGACCUCAAGUCCUAUCUCCCCAAGAGGUGAAAACACUUUCCUGGCUUUCCCCUCAGGCUUUCCUCUUGGCUCCUAUGGUUUUAGUAUUCUUACUUUUGUCUUACAUUGUCUGUAAGGAACUUAAAAAAAGAGAAAUGGACUAAGAGUCAUCUGUUUGUAUCAUUCCCACAGCUUUGCCAUUCCAAACAAUGUCCAACAUGGAAUACUGCUCCUCCCUGUGCCCCAGGACCCCUGCUUCAUCCCUGCCUCGACGCACCGCUGUUCAGAGUCUACUCACUGGAAUCUUCUUUAAAGAAAUAUUCUAUAUCACUUAGGGUUAUUUGCUUGCCCUGCAUGUGGCUACUAUGGUGGCAUGAAUGCUUAAUUCUGUCUUUUUAAUUAAGCCCCAUAUUUUGUUCUUCA